UUGGGUCGAGUAAGACGUGAGGCAGAGUGCUGCGCUCGGAUCUCCGACACCCUCCUUCCGCUGGCUAAGCCGCGACUCCCCGGUUUACGCUCCUGGGAAUUCUCGAGAGAUGUGAAUGGAUUUAUCGUCAGUCGCCGAGAAGUGAUAAGGACUGUCGCGCAAGAUUCUUCUUGCGAGAAACCUUCGCAAAUUUCUGAAAGUUUUGGGUUUGGGUUUGUUAUUUCAAUUAAGCGGUGAUUUGGUAAAAUGUAGAAAAAAGUUGUUACAAAGAUAAAAGACCAUCAAAAGAGUGUUUGAAAAGGAAAACAACAGUUGAGCAUAAUUUAUCCUAGUGCUAUUUUGACCAACAAACGCAAGUAGAACGUGCUAGAUGAUGUUAGAAAUGAAAAGCAGCGAAGGAGCCACUACAAUGUAGGCUAGUGAACAGGCCGGUGUAGUGAGCUAUAUCCAUUUCUCUCAAGAAACCUACGCAACCACAGACUUACCUUAACCCCCCCAUUUAGUGCAUGAAGCAGUGAAUCCGAACCGUGUCACCAGUUACUUACGUGACACAUCCAACCCUAUCAAGAUGUUGACCAGGUCACCCCCACGACCUCUGGGUUUGGUGACCCUACUUGGCCUCGCUCUGCUGACCUGGCCUGCCCAACAUGUCCACGCAAAAGCUCUCUCAUUCGACCCGAAGAAACUCGAAUCGUCGUCGCAGCUGUGGUGGAACCCGAGGGAGGUUCUGUCUCCUAGCUACGAGGACACGCCGCAGAAUGUCACUGCUCUCGUCGGCGACUCCGCCUUCCUGCCCUGCACCGUGUCGCACCUCGGAGACAGAUCCGUGACGUGGAUGCGACAGAGGGACCUGCACAUACUGACGGCGGGAGUCUACACGUACUCUGCGGACGAACGCUUCAGGGUCCUCCACCCUGAGAACUCCGACGACUGGACGCUCCACAUCAAGUACACGACCUUCAGGGACAGCGGUGUGUACGAAUGCCAGGUGAACUCUGACCCGAAGAUAAGCCGCGCGGUCACACUCACAGUCAAAGAAAAUCAGCUGGACGAUCCUGGAACUUUUGGGAUUCCAACAACUGAUAAUAGAUUUCCGGACUAUAUCUUUGACAACUACGAACGAGAAAAGAAAAAGCGCAAGUCGAAGAAGAAUAAGGGUAGGCGUAGAGAGAGGAGGCGCAAGGUGCCCCUGGCGACGAUCGAGGGCCCGACGGAGCGCCACAUCCAGCAGGGCAGCAUCCUGGCCAUCACGUGCAUCGUCCACCACAUGCCCCACUCGGCGCCCGCCCACAUCCUCUGGUUCCACGGCCCGCAGAACAUCGACUACGACUCCCCCAGGGGCGGCGUCUCCAUCCAGACGGAGAAGGCGGCCCGGAAGACAGUGAGUAAACUCAUGCUGUCGACGGUCACCUUGGACGACACAGGCGAGUACAGCUGCGCCCCGUCUGACCUGCAGCCAGCUGUGGUCAACGUCCACGUGCAGAUUGGUGAGGAGACCGUGGGCCAGAUCCAGCAGCCGGUGAAGCAGGGGCCGGGCCUGAGCGGGGCUGCAGUCACCGCCUCCGUCAGUAGCGCUCUCCUGGCCAUGCUGUUGGUCGGCCUCGCCUGCGUCAAGUGUCGGGUGUUUGCCUGAUUCACGUCCUCCUUCAGACACCUCCUUUCGGCCGUCAUGAAGAGAGGGAGAUGAUAAAUCAGCGAGGGAAAAGGAGGAGGAAAGGAGGAUCGUGACGAGAGGGAAAGAGUCUAGAAUGGAUGGACUCUGAAGGGGCGUGUUCGUUGGUGGUGAAGGAAGGAAAACGAAGGAAGGAAAAUGAAGGAAGGAAAAUGAAAGAAGGAAAAUGAAGGAGGGAAAAUGGAAGGGAGGAGGAAGGACGGCCAGGGCUGACGGCGAAUAGGGAAGUGGGACGAGACGAUAAUGAUGAUGGUGCAUGACGCAGGGUGAGGAGACAGGAGAGGAGAAAAAAGAUUGUGUACGAAGAGACGAAAAGGAAUAAAUCAAAUAAGAAAGAAAAGGCGAGGAAGAUAGAGGAACCUUUGGAUGCUCAGGGUCUAUCUUUUUUCAUUCUUUUUUUUUCUUAGCUGUGACGAAAGUAUAGUAGCUUUUUUGCGAAGAAAAAAAUAAAUCAAUCAAGUUUAUUAGAAGUCGGAAGAGGAUACUUCUCUUAAACGACUCCCUUUUUUUCUUUGUUAUUUUUGGAUUCCAGAUUGUUCUUUCUUUUGAAGUGCGUGGAUGAAGGUCGUCCCAAAAAAACAGCAAAGGAAAUUCCUAGCCUGCAACACGACCUUGAAAUAGGGUUGCCAGCGAGUGAAUAUCGGGGGCGUCCAAAUGUCGAAAACUGCGGAGAUUUUGUUUCGUCUUAAAAUUACAACAAAUGUUUGUUUGUUUCUAUUAAGAUAAUAGGGACUUUUACAUUAUAAGACACUAAUGUAAUGGCAUU